UUCUUCCUGUUAACUCUGCAAACAGCACUAAUGUAGAUCGCAAUUAUAUAUAAAUUUAUCAAUCGCGACAACCGGACACACAAUGAACUUAACAUUUUUGAACAUCAGUUCGCCAAUGUAGCUUAUCUUUUGACAAUGUCGCACCGAGUAUUGCAAUUUUUGUUAUUUUCAAUUAAUUUGCUUUGUUUUACUGCUGCAAAGGAAUUUUAUGACAUUUCUCCAAAACGAGUGAUAUGCAAAAGACUUGACUCGAAACUGGUCUAUAACUUCACCUGCACGACGAAACUCAUUAACCACACGAUGAGUAUGAGUAACAUGGAACUCACCCUUCAACCGGAUGUUGUGCUAACCAACUUCUACGUCGAAAUUCAACUGUAUCGUAAAUUUGCAACUAUUGUUCGUUCUUUUAUGGUUAAAUUUGAACAGAAUUUCUGCGACUUUCUGGACCAAAAAAACUCAUCAAUUUUCUACCGAUAUCUACCACUCGCUGAAAUGCGAAAACAAGGCAAUUUUUACGAUCCGUGUCCCAUUUCGGGGCACAGAUACUCCAGGAAUGCUACAUUCUAUUACGAUUCACUUCCGGAAAUCAUUCCCAGUGGCAAGUGGUAG